GGAUGCACUGAAGGGUUGAUUUUCAUUUCUGUGGAGAGCAGCUGACAGCAAGUUUUACUCAAAUGCGCAUACUGACAACUUGAAAUAGAGUUGCAUGUUCACCCCUAAAGGUAAACCAAUGGUACGAAGAUCUGAAAAGAUGUAACUUCCAGAGAGAGGGGAAAUCCUGCUGUGGGUGUAGACCAACCCCCCCAGAUGAUCACAGGCCCUGCAGGGGAAAGAAAAUGGAUGGGACCAAAAAUUACAAUAUCCAGAAGAUGGAUGUGGAUCAAAGUCCUACAAGCCAGGAGACAGACAAAGAAGAUGACAACGGCGAUGUGAAUAAACUAGCGCUAGAGUUAGUGAAGAGUGCCAUCCACGCUGCUGUUAAGAGUAUGGAAGAAGCUGAAAAGCCCACCAAAAGCAUCAAAUGGAUCACACACGGUGAAUUCACAGCAGAAAGGGGCCGCAAACAGAUUGAGGAGUUCGUCCUGACGUGGGAGUAUCAGGACCGCUGGGUGCACUACACACAGUUUAUAGAGAGGGAAGACCUGAUUCACAGCUACCACUACAUCUACUGUGUACGCUGGAGCAUCCCAACCGCUAAGAGACCCAUGCCGCCAGUCACUGCCUCUGCCUUCUUCACCAUCAAGAUCACCAAAAACAAACCUCCAGAUAUGCCUAUUGAGAUCUCUUAUAUCUUUGAGGGCCUUUCGUUAGUUCACAGACCAGGAAUGACUCGCUUUCGAGAAAAAUGGCUGAGGGACAUUAUUGAGGCCAAAAAUAUUUUAAUGGAGUCAAUUCCCUUCUAAUUCAAUUGUGUCUAAUUCUUACAGAAUGUUUUAGGAUUAGACUUCUAAUCAGAAUGUAUUAAAAAUACGAUACUGCACAUCAAACCACAGAACAUUUAUUGAAU